AUGAUCCAACUACUCUCAGUGGAACCGGAAACCCAGGAAUAUGAUUGGCGAGUUUUGCGGCGAGUCGUGCACGGGGAUUUGAGUGGCAGUGUGCGUAGUCUGCAGAAAGUGGAAACCGUGAAUUGCAGAAGAUCCCUUGUUAUGCAGCGUCGUUUUUUUCUCAAUUCUGGGCUCUUCUCAAGCGAUCAUUUCUUGCAUCUAUUCGUGAUCCACUACUCGUCAAAAGUAAAACUCUUUCAAACAAUUAUUACCGCUGUAGUGAUUGGCUUAGUCAACUUGCAAGUGCAAAUAACUGGGGAUACCAUUCAAAACAUCGGAGGAGUACUCUACACUACAAUUCGUGAUAUGAACUACCUCUUCCUUUACCCUGCUAUUAAUGUGAUCACCGCUGAGUUGCCUCUUUUCUUAAGAGAACACAGAGCACAAAUUUACUCCGCUGACAGCUAUUACUGGGCAAAAUCUGUCGCUGAGUUGCCACAAUACACAAUUCUGCCAAUUAUCUACGCUUUAAUCGUUUAUUGGAUGACAGGUCUCUAUGCGAGUGCUGGUGUGUUCUUCAAAUAUCUUUUUGUGUGUAUUCUCCAAGCAUACGUGGCAGUUUCAAUAGCGAUGUUUGGCGCUUGUGUAUUUGGUGAAGAGGGAGCUGCAAUUCCUUUUAUGCCCCUUUAUGUGCUACCGAUGCGAAUCUUUGGUGGCUUCUAUAUCAACUAUGACGAUGUGCCGCCAUACUUUCAGUGGGCUACAUUUCUUUCAUGGUUCCGCUUUGGUUUUGAGGCACUAGAGAAUAACAAUGACUGUACCGCCCCUGUCCAGCGAAGAAUGGCGCAGAGUGAUGCUGAAUCGCGAUAUGAAGCCCGUAGGAUGCUCUUUUGGAUAGAUAGCGGAAUACUCGUGGCAAUGUUUUUGAUUGGACGUAUCUUUGGAUUAAUAGCGUUAAAAUUACGGACACGAUUUGCGAAA